AUGGGCGUUUUCUUAUUUUCUGACUGUCAGAAGGAUGAAAUAGAAGGAAAAAAAAACUCAAAUAUGAAAAAGAACAACUUUUCGAAAGAAUUUUAUUUUCUCUCUCUUCUCUUGUUUUUUUCUCUCAAUGAUCGAUUCUAUUGCUUUAACGAUCGUCAUCCUACUGCAUAUAUCUAUCCUUAUCGGUGGUGGACUGAGUGCACGAGAGCAGUUUUCAUGGCAGAGAUGAAAAGAGAGCUCUUUCUCGUUUUUACAAGAAACGAGAAGCCGAUCGUGUACAAACUUGUCUAUUUGAGAUGGCGAGAGGUGACUGGUACUGAGCUUGAUGGCAUGACGAUCUUUGUCAGUUUUCAUAACUCUGAGUUGAGAAGUGAACUCCCAUGGAUGAGGAACAAUGUCUUUUUCUCAAGGUACAUUCCGCCUAAGAAAUCGGAGGACUGGUCUGAACUUUGUCCUCCUCAAAGCCUAUGGAUCAAUCCACCAAAGAACAUGUUUCAACUGUUGAAAGCGAAGCAAGAUUACAUAAACGGUACGGAAUUCAGAUGCGUAGGAUCGAAUCUAAUGCUCAUUCGUGCUUUGUCGUGGAGAUUGGUCCUCGCCUGCAUAAUUAACAAAGAAUCUUUGUAUACAUGGUACAGCAGAAGAUGUGGUGAACGAACUAAUCAAAGCAUAAACAGAGUAUUUAGAAGCUUUUAUAUGUAUGUGAUGUCGGGGAGGAAAAAGAUCGUGAUUCCACGGUUCUUGCAUAAACGUCUGCAAGAUUUCGCAUAG